GAACCCAAAUAACAUUGAGCUCAUACACUGUGGGCCGGGGGCCAACCGGGACCCCACUCACUGACCGGACAAUGAGACCCCCUUAACUUACAGUCAUAGCGGCUGAUAGUCCGAUUCAAGUCACAUCAACAUUAGGAGUUGCAUAGAUAUGUUUGUGCACUGAGUUCAUUGGGACAUGUUUUUGUGAUUACCUUAAUGGUGUUCCAGGUUGAGGAGAGCUAGUGGAAGUAGGUAAGGAUGGUGAGCUUAGUUGACCAAGUAGAUUUUAUAGCUUGUGAAUGUCCUCCAUGGAAAAUUUUAAAUUAGCGUAACCACUUCCCAUCCCCCAGCAGACUGAGUUUGUGGCGUAGACAAAAUUUCUUCAUAAAUCUAUCAUUAGUUUUCAACUGUCCAGCAAACCCUCCAGAAGAACCACCUCCUUCUUUGUUCUUCUUCUUAAGCUUAAAACAAUCAGCUAUAACAUGAUUGUCUUUCUUGUCGUAUGGACAAAACAAGUUUUCUUUGAUGGAUUGCUUUCUUUUACCUUGUGAUAAUAAUGACGCGAUAAGUGCCCGUGAAUCCACCUGAGACUCUUGAGUUUCCUUAGCAGCCAAUUGCCUCUCGUAAUUGAAUGACAUAAUGGAAUGCAAUUUCUUAGAGGAAGUGAGUUCAUCAUAAACAAAUUGGUCCUAACACCCUCAUGUACAUCAUUAAGACCUUAGAGAAAAUGCAUCACUUAUGCAUUGUCCCUAUAUCUCUUGACUGUCAAAUUAGUGACACAUGGUAGAGAUCUAUGCAGAAUGUCUCCCCCAUAUACAACUAGUGAUAAGAAGAAUUUGGUUAAACUCUUCCCAAUAGUUUUUUAGGCACCGCAUUUUUCUCGUGUGUUGUUAUUAUAGUUGAGUUUUUUUUUCUAUUCCUUUUGCACGAGUGUUAGCACCACUCAAUUCUUUGUUUUUAUAUAUUUUUAGAAUGGUUUGUGGAGCUAGUAUUUGCGUUAAUAUAUUUGACUAAGAUGGAAAAGGCCUAUGAUAGAGUAGAGUGGGAUUUCUUAUUCGCAAUUAUGACUAAGAUGGGUUUCCAUGACCAAUGGAUUGGUUGGAUCCGGGAGUGUGUGUCAACUGCGACAUUUUCUGUAAUGAUGAACGGUACGCCGGCAGGUUACUUUAGCUCGACGAGAGGGCUCCGGCAAGGGGAUCCGUUGUCCCCUCUGUUAUUUGCUAUAUGCUCUGAAGGGUUUGCGGCUUUGUUGCGACAGGCAGUGGGGGAGAAGAGAUUAGCGGGGGUUAAAGUUAAUCCGAGAUGUCCGAGCAUUUCUCAUUUAUUUUUUGCUGAUGACUCUUACCUGUUUCUGAGGGCGUCAAAACAGGAGUGUGAGACAUUGGUUCAGUUAUUGGGGGACUACCAGGAGUUGAGUGGUCAGAAAGUUAACUUGAGUAAGUCGGCUGUUUGUUUUAGUCGUAAUGUUGAUCCCAGUGACAUUGAUGAAAUGGCGGCAAUCCUUGGUGUCGGGGCCAUAGGAGUACAGGAUAAAUACCUGGGACUCCCUUCUUUGGUUCAGAGGUCUAAAAUGGAGACCUUUCGAUAUCUGGAGGAGUGGCUGCUUGCAAAGCUUCAAGGUUGGAAGCAGAAGUAGUUGUCUUGGGCAGCGAAGGAGGUGCUUUUGAAAGCAGUAGCGGCUGCACUGCCGAUCUACGUUAUGUCGUGUUUCCUCUUGCCGGUGACGCUCUGCCGUAAAUUGGAUAAACACAUGGCUAGAUUUUGGUGGGGAUAUUCGGCGGACAAGGAUAAGGCUCAUUGGGUGUCUUGGAGGAAUCUCUGCAGGAGUAAAUUCGAUGGUGGCCU